CAAUAGCUAGCCCCUGUGUGCCCAGCGAGGAACUGGACACUCCUAAAAUCUCAAAAGUGUGGUAGUAAGAGUAGAAUUUACUUAUGUAAAGUCGCACAAUCAAAUAGCGCCUUUACUUGUGAUAACAGUAAAAUAUAGUAGUCUGAAAACACACAAGAAUUCAAGUAAAAUGUGAUUACCCUUUUUAGUUAAUGCUUCUGAAAGACAUCGUAGUACACAGUAAAAGUUUCCCUACAGCUCGUACCGUAGCUCAAGCUGCUGCACAUGGAGUAGGCAUCAGUUUCCCUGCUGUGGGUUACCUGCUAGCUGUACACUGACAAGUAUAAAGAGAAAUCACAAUCAGAUGUUUUUUUAAAAUGUCAUUCUUCAUAGCUUUUCCACAGCAUCUUAAACCAGGAAAGAGAGAAAUUGGCUUAAUAUAGAACUGCAGAAAGCAUUCAGCAUUGCUAAUGGUGUAUGAAUAUGUAAACUGUCCACUAGUUAAAACCUGUUGUGGUUAUUAUUUCAUACAUUGUGACCUAUAUGACAAUGUCUUCUUUUACUUAAGUUGAACAAUAAAUAGAACUAUUCCUUGCUUUAAAUUGUAGAUAGUUUGUCACCCACCAUUUCUCUGUUUCUUGCAGCCAGAGCCUUUCUCCUAAUUGGAAUAGGUAGCUGUUGCCAUUUCUACAGGCAGAAAAAGGUAUUUGACAGACUUGAGUGGUGUGUGGGGCAAGUGAAGCAUCUUACCACAUUACUACCCUGAAGGGCAGGGUAAUGCUUACUGCUUACAGUUAGCUGGGCAGUUCAGUAGAUGCCAUCUAUAGCUGCGUUUUGUCUGCAUGCUACUUGGAUUGGAUUGCUUUAGAAUUUCAGUUUUGAGAAUACAAGGCUUAAAAUACACAACUAGCUAUGGGCCAGAAGCAGUUUAACUUACAGUAGUCAGGUGUAUGCAGCGUUCUCGCAAACCAGUGAUGUAAAUGUGCCUUUCUGUAUUUUUAGAAACUUAAAUUUAUAAUCUUUAGCAACAUUCACUUAUUUUAAGCAGCUUCUAAUUCUCCAGUUAAUUUUUUUUGGGUCAGAAUUAUGUUCUCACUUCAGUAUUUCCUUUCGGUAACAUUCGCUCUGUAACAUUAAGGUCUUGGGCAAUAUUAUCUAUCCAGCACGGUCCAUUUGAGACACGGCCAUGGGAACACAAUGCAAUCAGGUCAGUCUUGUUCUUGCAGCAGGUGGUGAUAAGGACUCAGCCAUAUGCUUUGCUGGAACAAGUACACUGUAAAUUCUUUCCUAAUUUAACUUUCUCCCACUGCAAACCCAGAUGGACAGUAUGAACAGUUUGUUGUGGCAACACAAGUAUUUCUCUUCCUGGUGGAGAACUUUGCUUAUCCACUGUAUUCUAUUCAGUGUGGUGUCAAAAAAAAAAAAAAAAAGUAACUGAGCACUGAACCAGUAACAUAUACUGCACCUGGCCUAGUAUUACAUUUUUAACCUUACUUGUAUAUCCUAUAUUUAUCUACUAGCUUGUGGGGCGGGGGGGGGAUAUCUCAUUUCAUUUAAGCCAAAUGUUUCUUUUCUACUUACUGCUGAUGAUAGUACAUGCUAACUGGCAAGAAUUUUUUUCUUGCGUGUGACUGUUCUGCAAGCAACAACUGCUCUACAGUUCAAAGAUUUGCAUUUUUUUCACCAAAACUUGUCUGAUCAAAGGUUGUCCUUUUUGUUAGUAAUUGUUUAGCCACGUAUAUACAACUGGAGACAAGAUUUACGUCAAACAAAACUGCAAAAUGUCCUGCUCUCAGUAUACUUCUGCUUUAGGGUGUUGUAUAGUGAGCUGUUAAGCGCAGCAUUAUGCAAAACUCUAAGGUGCUUGCAGGCAGAGCUCUGUCUCUUUGUACGCUCCGAAGGUGCUUUCCAGGUGGUAACAGAUGUCAGCCUGAGGAGAGGUUAAAACUUUCAGACAGGCCAGGACAGUGGACUUGUGUCGAAAGCAGGAGGCCAUUUACAAGGAUUUUGCUAAAUGAAUGGAAAGUAUAACACGUGGUGUUCAAAAGUUUCCCCGACAAUGUUUCAUUACUGAUGUGUCUGUGUCUUACUGAUGAGGUAAUCAGCACCUUGAAAAUUGAUUCCAAUGUGCUUUAGGAUAUCCUCAAGUACUGUAGUGCCAUAGUUGUAAUUGUUUACCAUUAAAAUCUAGUGUGUAAUUUUCAGUGAGGAUUACUGGCUGUGCUCAUCUUGUGUGUUUCUGGAGCAUUUCCAGGUUGAAUGUGAAUUAUAUCUCAUUCACACAGUGUGUUUAUGGAAAAUGUGCCAUUAAAGUGUCUCCUUUCCUUAGAAAAUGAAACUCCUCUUGUCCUUCUACAGGCUUGCAGAAUAUCACUAGCGUAUGGCAGAGUAUUUUAACUUGUUCUGGGUAAAACAAAAUAAAGCAAAUGGAAGUGUUCCCACUGUUUAACACCUCUACCACAACUUAGCAUCUAAACCCAAAGAAGACCUGCCCUUCAGUUUUCAAGGGCCUCGUCACCCAACAGCUGUUCAUUUUUAUGUCAGAUUGUGGUGUGUGUCCUCUGUGUGUUUAAAGAGAUCCUCCUAGCAACGGUAACCUUGUCAUUGAGUUUGCUCGUGUGAUGGUGGUUUUUUUUAUAAAUAAUAUUCUUGCGUUUAUUACAACUUUGAGCAGUAUUAAGUACUUAAACCUGGCUGAAAACGAAGGUAAGUUCUGAAAAGGAUGAAGGAGACAGAGUGAGAGUAGAAAAAUGCUAGUAUGAGAAUGAAGAACAACUGCUGGCACCCCAUUUAAACUGCUGUUGUCCAGGGAGAGGCUUCCUGGGUAUGUGAAAUCAUCUACCCUUCUUGUCCCUUUUGUGGCUUCAUAAAAUACUCGUGGGGAGCAGGAAUCUCCUUCUCAGUUCAAGGAAAAUAUUAAAUGACAAAGGAUAUGAAACGAAAAAGACUGGCAAUGGGUAAGCACAGUUUACUGUGUAUAAUAGAAAAUUACUAACUCUAAGGAAUUAAAUAGAUCCACAAUUGCCAUUUUUUUGAGUCACUAUGUAUAAGCAUACAUGUUACUCAAGCACAGAUUAGAAGCUAAAAUAAUUGUUGCAGGUAGCAAAGAAUUUCAAAUCUUGUUUUUCAGAGUUGAAUUUCAGAAGCAAAAGAUGAACUUUGGUCCCACUCAGCCCUGUCACAUUGAAACAAACCCAAUUAAAAUGCAUAGGUACAUAAAAUCUCCAAGCUACUAAAACUGUGCAAGCCACUUCAAAAAUUCCUGCAGGGCUGUUUUUCUGUUAAGAUCUACUAAUUAGCUGAAUGUAUAAUUUUUCUGUAUUAACACAAGACAGAAGAUGGGCAUAAACUACCUUAAUCUUGAGCAUUUUUAUUUCACAAACAUGGAAGUUAGAGGGCUGCUCGCUGUUGCUUUUGAUUCUAACCUGCCAUUUGCUCAAGCUUUAUUUUUUCUGAGGAGAGACUUUCUGUUUUUGCCUUUACUGGAAAACAAAUGCUUUUACUCCUAGAAACCAAUUCUAUAUAUCCCUUUCCCACCAAAACCAGAACUAAACCUAUAAAAACAUAAACAGUAAAAGAAAACUUGUAAAACUCAGCCUAAUAGAAAACAUCUAUUAAAAGCACAAGCCUACAAGCAGCUAAAGAUAGACUUGCUGUUCCCACGCACGCCUUCCUGCGUACCAUCACCUUCCUCACGCAAAGGUGGGGAGACAGCGUGUGGUGUUGAUUCAAAUAACAGUGUGCAGGAAACUGCCCCUUAGUCUGAGGCUUGGAAGUGGAAGCUGCAGGUUUUGUGUGUGCGCUUUAAAGCACCCAGGGAAUUUUUAAUCUCAUUUUGCAAGCUGUUUGUGGGAGUUCCUCAUCUACUGUGAGUCCUUGAACAUGAAGCAAAAGUGCAACCUUAGAAAAAUGACUGCUGUACGCUGCAAAAAACAAACUUCCGCUUGGAAAGGUAAAUGCUCCAAACUUGAGGGGCUGGCAAAGCUACUCCGUGCAGCUGUGGCUACACCCCCUGCUUCAGCCCCCAGUUCAGUAACUCGGCACAAGAACUUUGCUAAACUCCAGGAGUGCCUAAAAGGAAAGAAAUACCUUUUAAGGAAGCAUUUCAUGACAGUCAAGUGCUGCAUGCCCAUUCCAUUCCCUUGUAGAAACAGAACAAGAGUUUCAUGAACACGUUUCUUUUCCUUCCCCUGUUCUUAGCUUCUGCACCAGUUGUUCGCCAAAAAUAAACACCAUUCCACAACCAUAUAUGUGCAAGAGCUUUCUGGUGAUUGUGAGCCCCCUCCACCACUGCUGGUAUCCCAUAAGGCCAGGAGACUCUCUUCCUUCUAACACGCUCUGAACGGCUAUGCAUAUAACCCAGCUGAAUCGGGAAUGCCUUUUACAUCUGUUUUCUUUUCUGGACAAAAAUAGCAGGAAAAGUUUAGCAAAAACAUGUCACAAGUUGCUAGAAGUGUUUCAGGAUCCUUUACUGUGGUCUUUGUUGAACUUUCAUUCUCCAGCGGAACUAAAGAAGGAUAAUUUUCUCCUGGGACCUGCUUUAAAAUACUUAUCCAUCUGCUGGUAUUCAGAGAGAGUCAAGGUGUGUAACGUUGAGGACUGGAUGAAAAACAAUUUCCAGAAAGACUUCUGUAACAGGCAUGAGAACACAGUCAGUGACUUUUUACUAGAAGUUUGCAACAGAUGUCCAAACCUGCUCUCCCUGACCCUCUCUGGAUGCGGCCAUGUUACAGAUGAUUGCAUCUUGCUGCUGCUCAAGAACUGCCCAAACCUCGAGACACUCAAACUGGAGAACUGUGUGCGGAUCACUGACCAGACACUGGAAGCAGUGACCUUCUAUGGGGGAUCACUGCGAACGCUCCACGUGGAUUUCUGCCGGAACAUAACACAAACUGGUCUAGAGAGAGUUAGGGAAAAGCGUCCUUCGAUAAUGCUGAGAGCAGAGAGAAGUGCUAACAUGAUUCCAGACAAUAAGCCAGAAAAAAAAUUCAUGUUUGAAAAAGCAUCAAGGAAAUUGGUUCAGCUUUAAGUGCAACAAACUGUAUAAACUCAGGCAGUGCGGGUGCUUCACUUCCACUCUCCUCUUGGGUGCCAUUGCUUCAGUGAACCGGGGCUACUUUCCCACGUUCUGGGAAGAGUCCAAAAGUCCAAAGAGAUGGCUGGUAUGUUUUGCGAAGGCUGCACUGGGAAAAGGCAUGUGUUGCCACCAGGACAGUCUUAAGGAAAAAAACCUGUUAGCUUUCUGUUGUUCCUUGAAACUGGAAAACCCUGCAUUGCCGUCACAUAAUGCUAGACCUUAUUAAGGCUGAAAAUUGCAAUUUUGAUACCGUGUUGUCGUGGAUGAGGGGAACGUACCUCACUCAGGAGAGAGAAGCAGCGGUGUGUUUUAUUGAGGUAGAAUAGUAAUUUGACAGAGUUCAAUAAAUUUGAUGGAAUUUAACAAAGUAUAACAGUGGAUUAACGGCAAGGUUCACCUUAUUAAUUACUGCAUGGAAGAAACAUACGAAGGAAAACUGAGUUAGAAAGGAGUUAGAAUGAUUCACACAGAGACCCGAGAUGGAAAGAGUAAGGAGGACCCUCCCGCUGCAUCACGAGGUUCGGAGUGGACCCCUUGGCUUUCUGAACUCCUUGUGUAAUGGGAAAGGGCAUAAACCUGCAGUAGAUACAGCCUGAGUAACUGUAUGAUUUACACGAAUUUCAGGGAAAGAGUGAUUAACACAUUUCUGUUAAAGGAUAUAUCCAUACUGUCAUUCCAUCCGCUACAGGUGAUACCCAAGCCAUGUAAAACCUUCCUAGCAAAAGCAGAGUGCCUGAGCACCGUCACUUCCUCAGUGAUUAACAUUUGUAGCUCAUUUGUCAGGCUUAUAAUGAGGGAUGCAUGGCAACCUGCACAAAACACAGUUUGACCCUUUACAUAAUGUACUUUGACAAGAUAUACCUAGUUAUUUUUUAAAGUUGACAUUAAAGGAAAUGCAGUAUAAACAACUGCUAGUUUAUAGAACUAUUCUACAGGAAAAAACAGUGACUUACAGCCUGGAGCAUUACAUGCUAAAUUAGGAACAUGCUACAUUAGAGAUCUUUAUAAGCACCAGUUUCUCACUGCAAAGUACAAAACAAAUAGCUAUUUUCAGCCCAAGCCACAGUGCUGUCACUUUCCUGUAUGCUACUCUGCUACAGGGAAGUGAAACUUUUUUUUUUUUCCAAUGAAGGGUUGCAAUGGCAUCGUCUACAAAAUUUGACACCAAAGGUUGCCACGGUUUUAUUCUGCUGGAUAAAAUUUGCCUUGAUCCAACACAGUGGGAUUUGGUCAUGGUAUUGAGUACUCAGGACUGGUAACAUCACAUUCCCAGACUCUUUAUGCACUUAACAGAUUUUUGCCUGAGGAAAGGCAAACGUUUCCAAGUGCCACCUUACUGUGUCAACCGUACUGCAGUUACCUGUCCCGAGUUUUACUUGUUGGGUCUGUCUCAGUAUAACAACCCAGAAAAAUCACUGUGAUCAUUUAGUUUGAAUUCAGGUUCUUUUAAAAAGCACCCUGUCUCAAACCCUCUGUGUUACUCUAUGUAGGAGCAUGUGUCCUCAAAUUGUGGUCUCCCUUAUUUUCCAUUUUGUUCAGCAAUUCUGACAUGAAUUCAGAAUUCUGACUCCUAGAGAGCGCACCAUAAUACAUAAUCCUGCCCAUUCUUGCCGACUCUGCAGCUGAACUUGUAUUUACCUUUAAUCUCCCUCACAGUCAAUACCAUCCACUGAAGAACUUCACACUUACAAAAAAUGGCAGAUGGUUCAAUCUGGCGAUCGAUAACUUAGUUUCCCCUAGAGGGCCGGACGUCAGCCCAGCUUAGACGUCAAACAGAAGGCUGUAUACAGAGCAGUUUGACAAACUAUGGAUCAUGAACAGUUCCAGCUUCAAUCAUAAUAAAGCCUACAGCAGUUUAAAUUAAAACCUUACACAGAGCAGGAACACCGAGUGUGUGUGACCUUAAAAUUAAAGCAAAUUUAGAAAUACUAGCUUUGGGGAAAAAUAAAGAGAGUCAACAUUUCUGUUCCAUUACACAGCAAUUAUUCAAGACCUCGUCACUACGGCAGUCUCUGUGCAAAUACCAUCGCAAGCCUGCUCCUCAUUUACAUGGGGGGCUCUGCAAUUGUGGAUAAGUAAUCUUCCUGCACUGAUAACACAACACUGAUGAAAUCUGGUUAAACACACAUGAACUGUAGUUUGCAUUGCUGGAAUUCAAGUACAUCCAGACCAUCAUGGUUUAAAAUAAUCUGAUAGCUUUUUUGCAUUUUAACAGCUGUAUCUACAGCUUUAGCUUCACAGACUUACUACUUGUCUGCAUUUUAAUCUUUUCUAUAACUGGAAGACUACAAGAGCUAACUUUUCCUCUAAGGAACAGAACUUGUGACUUCUUAAAUUGCUAUUUAACAAAUUAUUAAAGGUUGUCACAAAUAUCUAACAUGAUACAUGUUUUUAUUUUAAUUUAGAGAACAGUGGGACUGUAGUACCUCUAAACCAAAAAGACUGUAUGAACAGCUACUGCUGAAGUAAAGCAGACCUUCCCCCCCCUCAUUGGCAUCUAAACUGUAGAAACAACUUCUGAAGUUAGGCCUCAAUUACUUAGGAAUAACUGGUUUCGUUUUCCAAUUUCUCCCUGUAUGCUUUUUACAAUACUGUUGCUCCUGUUAUCAAAACUACAUGGAGAAAAUGCUUGGGGUGUCGUAACAGAGAACUCAGCUCUGACGCCUCAGGUAGUCUUGAAAGAAAGAUUUAUUUCAACUGAUAUAUUGUCUGUUGUUCGUCCUUGAACAGAAGGAAAGGAAACAGGUUAUCAAAAUUCCACUUGAGGCCAAUUUUUACUGCAUGAGUAGUACUGGAAAAUUGUAUUUCCAAUCAGUUUCUCUAAGAAGGUAAGUUUCAAACAAUCUCAGCAGAAAUAUUAGACUACAUUCCUAUGGCUUAUUCUUUCCUCUGCAAGAACUGAUGAGCUAGCUAUCAACUCCUGAAAAUAUUCUUCAUGUGGUGCAUCAAAAAUGGAAAGAGGAAUUUACAGCUCUCAACGUAAGUGAAUAUACUUACUCCUCCUUUCCAUCCUGGUUAAUUGAUCCAGAGAUAUCCUUUGGUACUCUCUAAUUUGGCUGAGCUAAGAAAUUAAUCGCAGCAUUACACAAACUUAGCCAAACAGAGCUGAAAUGCUGGAGAAAUACUUGAUCAUACUGAGUAUCUGUAAGAAACACUCACCCAGAAGGACAAAUAAAGAAAAUUUAAUUAUUGCAUCUUCACAACUUGAAGAUAUUUAAUGGCACUCAUUCCUAAAAUGUAAGUAGGACCCUUAUGCAUUGCAAAGGAAGGAACAAAACUGGAAGCACGGACGGGAAGGACAAAGAGCAAUCCUAAACCAGCAUUUGCACCUUGGAAAGGAGAUUGCUAGACUGAACAGACUUACUGUGAUGUGGAAACUGGGAUGUUGACACAAUUCUUACCUUGGAUACACAAUUCUUGCAUGGAAAAAACACUAGUUUCACAUAUUGCUGACAAGCCAAAACAAGGUAGGAAUUCUAUAUAGUCACGUUAGUAACCUUCUCUUCUCAAGACCUUCUCUUGCUGCCAGCUCUCUAAGCGCUGUGAUGACAGGUGCACGUCUGUAGAUGCGUCUGUAGAUGUAACACCUAACAGAUUUUCAAGUAACUACAAGAUAUGAAAGCAGGUUUGCAUAUGUCUACAUAUUUUUUAUGCCUUUUUGCCAGUUUUCUAUCAGGACUGGUUUGGUGGGGGGGACACACAGACAACAGACACGGACACACACGGUGGUGUUACCUUUUUUUUGGUUCUGUUUUUUUUUUUUACUUUACAGAGCUAAAAAGGGCCUUGGAACACUCUCCCACUUGGUUUCUUUUCCUAUUUGUGUACAAAUGGCUCCAAGUAAUGUUACUUUGCUCUUCCCCCUCCUUGAAUGGGGACAGUUGUUCAUGACAUGGUAAAAUUUGAACACAGAUGUGUCUAUAAAUUUUUUCAGCAUCAAUAAUAAAUUUUCUUGCUUAGCAAUCCAAUUUGAAAAUUGACUAUAUAACCAUUACAUUUUACUUAAGGUAUUAUGUGAGGAUGGAAGCAUGUUAACAGUUUUCUUUAGUUCCACGCCAUUUGAGUUCCAUCAAAGUUCUCUUAACGUUACUGAAACGUUGUUUACUCUUCACAGACCCUAACUCUAACUUACCAGGCAUGAAGGGAGGAAAGCUUGUUAUCUAUCGCUUUAGGAUAGUACUCAAAAAAGGGGACAAACCAAGCUGCCUACUUGUAAGAUGAAUCAAGUUA